GACAUCAUGUAUAUGCAACACACCAUAGCAUACGAUGUCACUGGUUCCACACACUUUGGAAGAGACAUGAAUUUACAGUGGGGAUGUUCGGGGAUCUGUGGAGGUAGAGGAGUCGGUGUGUUAAAUGAAGAGGCAUCUUCACCAAGAUUACAGCGAGACGCCUUCCAGGAGGAAUACUUGAUUGUGAUAUGUGUUGUCCAAGAAUACAUCGAUUUCCGUACCCAACCUUAGCUUAACAGAUAUUUGAUCUGUUGCCACUUGACGUUACCAAUGAGAGAUUCCACUAUGUUGCACGCAGAGGGCAGUGCCUUACUGAAGGCCGUGUGGCAGGGCAAAUUCAGACUCACGCGCCUCCUGCUGGAAGGUGGCGCCUAUAUUAAUGAAGGGAAUGCCCAAGGGGAAACACCACUGAUGGCUGCUUGCUUAGCCAAAUAUGACGACCCUCAGAAUAAAUCUCGGAUGGUGAAAUACCUUUUGGAAAAUGGAGCAGACCCCAAUAUGCCAGACAAGAUGGGUAAAACAGCUCUUAUGCAUGCCUGUUGCAAUCUGACUGGGGUGGGCAUUGUGUCUGUGUUGCUGGAGCAUGGGUCAGAUCCUAGUUUGAAGGACUAUUCUGGUACAUCUGCACUCAUGUAUGCCAUUAACAAGGGGGACCGUGAAACCUUGAGAGUCCUUUUAGAUGCAUGCAAAGCUAGAGGUAAGGAAGUUAUCAUCAUAACUACCGAUACUUCUCCUUCUGGGACCAAAAAGACAAAGCAGUAUCUCAACUCCCCUCCAUCACCAGGCAUUGAUGAAAAGCAAUCCCCUGCGGUAUGUAUGUCGCCAUCAGAUAUAGACUUAAAGACUUCCCUCUCCCCUGCAAGUGAGAAAGAAGAAGCUAGGGAUGUCUUUAACUUCAACAUGGGAACUAGACUUACAUGUCCUUCAUCCUGCAAACUCGAGGUUAAACCACCAGACCACAUACCGAUUAAAGGUAGGAUGAUUAACAAGAAACAGCUAAAGAGACUGAAUUCUGAACCAUGGGGGCUAGUUGCCCCAUCAGUGCUGGCUGCUUCUCAUCUUGCUGUGCCCACUGAAAAGACCACAGUUGAAGAGGCUGAAGAGAAGGUCAUAUCUGAAGUAAACAAUUUAUCUAUUACCAAGAGACCUGUACUUUCCAGACGUCAUAGCAUAGAGGGACAAGACCCAUCAUGCUUUAAGAUGGGUGAGGAGUCUCCUGGGGAGGAUCCAUCAGCUCAAGACUCUUCAUGGGCUGACAAAGUCCAAUUAAGUCACCUUCAUCAGCCACUGUCAAGGCGCAAUACAGCACCUGAGGCUCAGGAAACAUCUAAUGCCACACUGGCUCCAACAGUUGGAACUGCCUUACGUGGAGUUGCUCAUCAUAAGUUGACACGCAUGGACCACUAUGAAUCAGAUUCACAUCUUUGUCCUGAUUCUAUUCCAGGUUCCCCAGACUCUGGACGUGUGUCUUUGGAAAGGCGGAAAUACAAUGCUUCUCCAUUGACGCUCUUCACUAGUUCUUCACGGGAGUCCUUAGAGAGUAUUCCUAGUGCUGUCUCACCAAUGACCGUCCGCCGCAGGACCCCUGGCCUCUUAGAAAGACGGGGAUCAGGGACACUUCUUUUGGAUCAUAUAUCUCAUACUCGACCAGGCUUCUUGCCUCCUCUAAACAUCAAUCUAAACCCUCCGAUUCCAGACAUCCGUUCUAAUGGCAAAGCACCAUCACCCGUCCAUGGAAGCCAGAAGACACUUAUUCCAGUAGCACCCACCUCUCCAAAACACUUUGAUGCCAAAGCCAAGAAAAAAUUGAUUAGAAGGCAUUCUAUGCAAACCGAACAAAUCAAGCAGCUUGCUAGUUUUCAAAAUCUAUUUGCCCCAAAUGAGUCUACAAAUUAGAUCACAAAAACCGCAAAUCGGAAGUUUGUUACUCAAGCAUACUUGAUCACCCAGCUCACAAGACAUAUUGGUUGCUUCAUGUUUUUAGCACCAGUCAACAAAAUAAAAUAUGGACAUAAAAAAAUAAGAUGGAAAAGAAAAAAUAGCUGACUAAGUAUUUUUUACAUAGUGAUCACAUAGGUGACUUCUGAAGACUUAGAAGAGAUGAGGAAUUAAAUACUUGUGUAAAUGGAAAUCCAUACAAAUGUAAAUUUAAAAGCCAAAAUGUAAUUCCAGAUACUUAUAUUUAAAUGAAGAACCAGACAAAUGCAUACGUAAUUAUAUAUUAUUUAGAUAACUGUGUAACCAUAACAAUACAAACUCCAUUGGAUAAUGAUCUGGCGUCAUCGUCUGAGCAACUCACAAACAAAAGGAUUUUGCAAUUUUUUGCGUGGGAUCAAAUUUGUAUUUAUUUUUUAAUUCAUUUUAUGAAAUUUCCUUUGUAACGUAGAGCACUUAGUACAUGGGGAUCCCUGUUAAUAAGUUUGAUUAUGCAU